ACAAAAGGUUGUCGUUUGCACCCGCAUUCAACGCACAUGGGCGCCACCACCAGUGCUGCGCUCCCCGACACUGCCGGCCGGAGUGGACGCGGGCGUGCAUAGCGGGCGUUCAUGGCAGAGGACAGCGUGCGGAGCGGCUGCGCAGGGCGGAGGAGUGCUUGAUGUCUUGAAAGAGCCAGACUUGACAACCAAUUGCUUGUAGGUCGAGGUCUACAAGCCAGUUCCAGAAAGUGCGGAACUACAAGAUGGUCUUGGAAUGUGGCUUCCAUGGUGCUGUCCAUGGACUUUUCGAGCUGUGCAUGGGCUUGAAGAUACGAAUGGAAUACAAAACGCAUGUUUUUCCAUGGAUUCUUUUCAGGCUUGUGGCGGAGGCGCGGAAUUCCCAGCACCUUUGGACCAUCAGCGGCCUCGAUGGCACAAGCUUUCAGCUCCCUGCAACCGACGGUUCCGUGGCUUCGACGGCAAAGAGCCCAAAAGCUCCACGAUUUCCAUCCGCAUUUCCUGUACAGAUUCUACCUGAUUACCAGGUCUCCCCUUGCUUAGCAAGUGUCCCCCAGAUAUUUCUCAAAAUCCUCAAAUCCGAAGGGGAAGGCUCCCUGAGGCUAUGUCCGAUUCCGAUACCCUGCAAGGGUGGGCGACACUCGCACUUCUCCAGCCCUACUAGAUCAAGCCAAGUACCUGGGAUCAAGGUAGCAACAACCAUCGGCUUGCCUCACAGAUUCUUUCAUGGAUUUGACUCUUGAUUUUAUCUCGUUUCAAGCAUGGCAGCUCUAGAGCUUGACGACCUCUCCAAGACCAUCGCAGAAAGAAUCGGUGUGAGAGCUGGUAGAAAGCUUGUUCUUUUUGCAGGUGGCCAAAUUUUGGAGGACUCAUCCAAGAUUUUGCAGCAAGAAGGGUGCAGACGAGAGAUCUCGUACGUCGUUCGACAAGUUUGUGCAAUGGAGGCAGCGAUUGGGUUCCAAAGGGCCCUUGCAGAGGGAACUCGUUCUUGACGCCUAGAUGUAACAGGAUGCUUACACAUAUGCGGUCAGACAGCCCGCUGUCGAGGGUGACAGAUGCAAUCGCCUCAUUGAUCUUCGGCCACCACUUCAACCAGAGCUUGGAAGGUG